AUGCUGCUGUUCCUGCUGCUGCUGCUCCCAUCCAAUGCUCUGGCAAAUGGGUUCUACGGGACAACACUGACCUAUUAUCCGACAAAUGCUACUCCAAGUGGAUCUGUCAGCGUUGUCCGAUCUAAGCUCACCUUCCCAAACUGCACUUUUGACAUUUUUUGGCAAUGUCUCAAUGAUAACUGUGGGGUUGAGACUUCAGUAGCAGUGAAUGUGGUUGACAGGGAAGCUACUGGAGAGUUUUGUCAGACGGAGGUCAUCUCGACGUGGCAGGUUUCCACAAAUGCUCCGUUUCAACUGGUGUUGAGCGGUAGGAACUGGACAAGUAAUUUAAAUGGAAUUGCCAGUUACAGAGCUGUGACUGUUGUGGAACUGAGGAACCGCUCCGACACCGGCCAGGCCAACAGAUCACCACAGACCACCAUCCUGCCUGUUCUCCGAGUUCCUGCAAACUGUCAGAGAGCUUUUAAUCUCUUGGCCUUUGACCCUGAUGGAGACCAGGUGAACUGCAGAUAUGGAAAUGAAACACUGUCAGAGUGUAACCCCUGUACACCACCAUCUGUUCUCAACCUCUCACCAUCUUGCACCUUAUCAUUCAGCCCUACCAGCGCUAAUAAUGUGGGUUCGUACGCUGUGCAGCUGGUUAUGGAGGACUUUCCCAGACAGACGAUCACCCUGACUCAAACUAAUAACUCGCAAAUAACAACUGAGUUGAAAAAUACAAACGACGCCAUCAGCAAAAUACCUGUCCAGUUUUUAUUCAGAGCCAAUGGAGCUCAGCUGUCCAUUCCUGUUAGCCAAACUAUAGAAAUCAGCAUACAAGCAGAAGCAAACAUCUCCACGAUCUUUGAUCUGCUGUUCAGCGGACCACACAACGUAAAUGAGACCUCAUCAGGACCAGGACAAUACAUCCUGAGAUGGACGCCAUUGCAGAGGGAAUCUGGACAAAGUCACCCCAUCUGCUUUGUCGUGCAGGCAGUUUUAAAUUCAGCCAAAUAUCAUUCAGAGCUUCGAUGUGUCAUUGUGACUGUUGGAAACGAUCCUUUAACAACACAGACUCCUGAAACAACCACUGCACCGAUUACUACACCACCAGUUAAUGCAACCGCUGCACCAAAUGCCACUGCAUCCUUCACAACUACACCACCAGUUAAUGCAACCGCUGCAUCAAAUGCAACUGCAUCCUUCAUAACUACACCACCAGUUAAUGCAACCGCUGCACAAAAUGCAACUGCAUCCUUCAUAACUACACCACCAGUUAAUGCAACUGCCGCACAAAAUGCAACUGCAUCCUUCAUAACUACACCACCAGUUAAUGCAACCGCUGCACCAAAUGCCACUGCAUCCUUCACAACUACACCACCAGUUAAUGCAACCGCUGCAUCAAAUGCAACUGCAUCCUUCAUAACUACACCACCAGUUAAUGCAACCGCUGCACAAAAUGCAACUGCAUCCUUCAUAACUACACCACCAGUUAAUGCAACUGCCGCACAAAAUGCAACUGCAUCCUUCAUAACUACACCACUUGUUAAUGCAACCGAUGCACAAAAUACGACUGCAUCCUUCAUAACUACACCACUAGUUAAUGCAACUUUUGCACCAAAUGCAACUGCAUCCUUCACAACUACACCACCAGUUAAUGCAACCGCUGCACAAAAUGCAACUGCAUCCUUCAUAACUACGCCACCAGUUAAUGCAACCGCUGUACAAAAUGCAACUGCUUCCUUCAUAACUACACCACCAGUUAAUGCAACCGCUGCACCAAAUGCAACUGCACCCUUCACAACUACACCACCAGUUAAUGCAACCGCUGUACAAAAUGCAACUGCUUCCUUCAUAACUACACCACCAGUUAAUGCAACCGCUGCACCAAAUGCAACUGCACCCUUCACAACUACACCACCAGUUAAUGCAACCGCUGCACAAAAUGCAACUGCUUCCUUCACAGCUACACCACCAGUUAAUGCAACCGCUGUACAAAAUGCAACUGCUUCCUUCAUAACUACACCACCAGUUAAUGCAACCGCUGCACCAAAUGCAACUGCUUCCUUCAUAACUACACCACCAGUUAAUGCAACCGCUGCACCAAAUGUAACUGCUUCCUUCAUAACUACACCACCAGUUAAUGCAACCGCUGCACCAAAUGCAACUGCACCCUUCACAACUACACCACCAGUUAAUGCAACGGCUGCACAAAAUGCAACUGCAUCCUUCGUAAUUACACCACCAGUUAAUGCAACCGCUGCACAAAAUGCAACUGCUUCCUUCAUAACUACACCACCAGUUAAUACAACCGCUGCACCAAAUGCAACUGCUUCCUUCAUAACUACACCACCAGUUAAUACAACCGCUGCACCAAAUGCAACUGCUUCCUUCAUAACUACACCACCUCCUGCAGCAACAAUAAAUGCAACUACUGCACAAACUGCACCAAUCAUGUCAACAUUCUUAAUGAACAUGACUCCAACAAGCAUUACAACAACAACGAGGAGGACACAUACAACCCCACCUGCAACACAAAUCUUGACCUCUACUCCCUCCACUACUUCCUCCACAACCACCAUUCCUUCAACAAUAUCACCUGAUACAACCCCAGCACCUACAUCAACAACUCCACUUGAAAGUGUUUAUGUUUUGGGGGUAACCAUGACGGUUUCAGCGUCUUCUAACCUCACUGAAGAUGACUUCAACAAUAUUGUCCAACAGGUCAGAAAUGAAUUGCGUCAACGCUUUGGUCUUUCACGUUUUGUUUUGCGCCUGGUGGAUACAGAGCGACUCCCAUAAGAGUGCCCUGCUGGUGGACCCUGACAGUACGUCCAUGAGUGAAGACACAUUCAACCAGAAGGACUGCUGAUCUACACCGCCCCCCCCCAACCACCACAGUCCUGUUGGUCUGGGUUUGCAUUCAUGUGGUGGGAGCGUUUAUAUUUUACAGAUGAAGGUUCUUAUCCAUCUGUCUGCAGAAGGGCUCUCAAACUCAUUUUCUUCUGAGGUUCCACAUUCAGCUCGAUUUGAUCUCCAGUGGGCCGGACCAGUAAAAUAAUAACAGAAUAACCUAUAAAUAAUGACAACUC